UAUAUUUAUUAACAGGUCCUGUAAAAAAUGAGGAAGAUGCUGAAGAUUUGCUGUUCUCUCCUUCUCUUAAGUUUGCUCAGUGGGCAAUUCAAUGCCAACCCUGGACUCAAAGUGAGGAUCACCCAGAAGGGCUUGGAGUAUGCCAAGGAGGUUGGGCUGGAAAUCCUGAAGCAGAAUAUGGAAAAGGAGCGUUUCCCUGAUUUGACUGGCCAUGAGAAAUUUGGGCUUGGUAAUGUCAAAUACAACAUCUCUGGAAUACAUGUCACUGCUGUUGAAUUACCCAGUGCUUCCAUCUCCCUCCUACCUGAGUCUGGGAUAAAACUGGUGAUAGGAAAUGCUUCUCUAACCAUCGACAUGAACUGGAACAUAAGGACCUGGAUGUUCAAAGACAGUGGAAGAAGCACAGUGCACAUUUCAAAGGUGUUUGUCACUGCAAUCUUUUCAACACCCCGGGAUAAUACAGGUCCUACAUCAAUAUCCCUUACCAGCUGCCGGACAACUUCUGGUGAAAUAGAUAUCAAGCUGAAUGGAAAAAGCGGCUUCCUGCAUAACUUCUUUAUCAAGUAUCUGAAGAAACCUAUUCACAGGAGCUUGGUCACUAAUUCAUGUCCCAACAUCAGAGCUGGGAUCCAGUUGAUAGAUGAAGACCUCCGAUCGCUGAAUGUUGUAAUGCCGAUUGAUGAUUUCGCUGAAGUAGACUACUCCUUAAGUAGCUUGCCAGCAGUAUUCCAACCAUUCAUUGACCUGGACUUAAAGGGCACAGUCUUCCCAGCUGGAAACUAUAUUGGCUCUCCAUACGUGGUAGCUCCCUUCACUAUCACAGACCAAAGUGACUCCAUGCUCUUCCUGGCCUUCUCUGAGUAUUUUUUUCAGACCUCCUCAUUUGCUUACUACACCGCAGGGGCCUUCAACAUGACCAUUGCAGAGGAGACUUGCAGCUAUUUUAAUAUAAGCACAGAGAUAUUUGGCAGUAUCAUUCCUGAGGUAGCCAAAUAUUCAGUUACACCCUAUCCAGUAAUGUUGAAGCUACUGGCUACUGAAAUACCUGUCAUCAGCUUAGAGCAGGAUUCCUUCACAGUAGAGAUUCAGGGCUCCAUGGAGGUGUUGGCUGUUCUGCCAGACUCAACCACCCAGUCGCUGUUCACAAUAAACGUAGCAGCCAACAGCAGCAUUUCUCUGAAUAUAUUUGAUCAGAAAUUGAUGGGCUCACUAUGUUUGAACAGGCUCCAGUUCUCCCUAGCCCACUCCAAUGUCGGCUUUAUUGAGAUCUCGCUGCUGGAGAACAUCCUGUCUUACAUUUUACAGACUGAAGUAAUUCCAUCAGCUAAUGCCAAACUGUCAAAAGGAUUCCCUCUUCCCAAUCUGGCCAAUGUUACCUUGACGAGACCUCACAUUACAAUUGCACAGGGAUACAUAUUGAUUUCAACUGAUGUCCACUACAAACACUAAAGGACAAGAGAGACCAUUUGUUGAGCAUGAACUUCAAAUCAAGUCAAUAAUGGGACUCUGAAGACUAAA